UUACUGUCUGUCUUGUUAUUCCACAUCAGUAGUUCUGCUUCAGGAGGAGAAGCCAGGCUUUUGUAAUGGCUGAACUGAGGAGAGUUUCAUUUAAUGAUGUAUCUCUCUUGCUCUCUUCCACGUUCUCCAGUGGAGUUCAUAACACAGCCAUGGACGUGAGCACCUCUCUGAAGAUGAGCUCUCUGACCACCCAGAGUCUCUUCAGCUAUGUGGAGGAGGAAAACCUUUCGGCCAUCAAAGCUCAUCUGGACAAGUACAGAGAGGUGGACACCAGAAGUGAAAACGGCCAGACUGCUCUCAUGCUGGCCUCAGAGCAGGGCAGUCUAGAGAUCGUGCAGGAGCUCAUCCGGAGGGGAGCAAAUGUCAGCUUGGAUGAUAUUGAUUGCUGGACAGCACUGAUUUCAGCUGCUAAAGAGGGACACACUGAAGUGGUGAAGGAACUCCUGGAGAACAAUGCCAAUGUGGAGCAUCGUGAUAUGGGGGGCUGGAGUGCGCUCAUGUGGGCCGCUUAUAAGGGUCGUGUGGAGGUGGCACGUCUACUGCUGGAGAAGGGGGCAAACCCAAACAUCACCGGACAGUACAGUGUUUACCCCAUAAUAUGGGCAGCAGGAAGAGGCCAUGCAGAGAUCGUUCAGCUGCUGCUUCAGCAUGGAGCCAAAGUCAACUGCUCUGACAAGUAUGGCACCACACCCCUGAUCUGGGCAGCCAGGAAGGGCCAUUAUGACUGUGUGAUGCAUCUGCUGGAGAACGGCGCCAAUGUGGACCAGGAGGGAGCGAACUCGAUGACUGCGCUCAUAGUGGCCGUGCGAGGUGGUUUCACUGAGGUGGGGAAGGAGCUGCUAAAGAGAAACCCCAACAUGAAUAUGACUGAUAAAGACGGAAACACUGCGCUGAUGAUCGCUGCUAUAGAGGGCUACACUGAGAUUGUCCAAGACCUGCUGGACGCGGGCACGUACGUCAACAUCCCUGAUCGGAGUGGUGAUACUGUGCUUAUCGGAGCCGUCAGAGGAGGUCAUGUGGAGAUCGUCCGAGCUUUGCUUAAUAAAUAUGCUGAUAUUGAUGUCAAAGGCCAGGAUGGUAAGACUGCCCUGUACUGGGCUGUGGAGAAAAGUAAUGCAACCAUGGUUCGAGACAUUCUGCAGUGCAACCCUGACACUGAGGCCUACACCAAGAAAGGUGACACAGCUCUGCAUAUUGCCAUUCGUGGGAGAAGCCGCAAACUCGCUGAGCUGCUCUUGAGGAACCCUAAAGAUGGUCGUCUGCUCUACAGACAUUCUGCAGAUGGAGAGACUCCAUAUGUAAUUGACUGCACUCACCAGAAGAGCAUCCUCACCCAGAUAUUUGGAGCCAAGCACCUGUCUCCCUCUGAGUGUGACGGGGACAUGCUGGGUUAUGACCUGUACAGCAGCGCUCUAGCAGACAUCCUGAGUGAGCCCACCAUGCAGCCGCCCAUCUGUGUGGGGCUUUACGCCCAGUGGGGCAGCGGCAAGUCCUUCCUGCUAAAGAAACUAGAGGAUGAGAUGAAGACGUUCGCCGGGCAGCAGGUGGAGCCGUUGUUCCAGUUCUCGUGGUUGGUGGUGGUUUUGACUCUGCUGCUCUGUGGAUCUGUGGCUCUGGUCCUCGGCUUUGCUGUCGACACUAAACUGGCCAUCGCUGUGGCCCUCAGCCUGCUCGCCCUAUUGUACAUCUUCUUUGUGUUGGUGUACUUUGGUGGGAGAAAAGGAGGGGAGAGUUGGAGCUGGACCUGGGUCCUCAGCACCAGACUGGCCCGCCACAUCGGCUACUUGGAGCUUCUUCUCAAACUCAUGUUCGUCAAUCCCCCCGAGCUUCCAGAGCAGACCACCAAAGCCCUGCCUGUCAGGUUUCUGUUCACAGACUAUAACCGUCUGUCGAGUGUGGGAGGGGAGACGUCCAUGGCUGAAAUGAUAGCUACGCUGUCCGAUGCCUGUGAGAGAGAGUUUGGCUUCUUGGCCACCAGACUUUUUAGGGUCUUCAAGAAUGAUGAAACUCAAGGAAAGAAGUGGAAGAAGACAUGUUGCGUCCCCUCCUUCGUGCUCUUUGUGUUGACGUCGGGCUGUCUGAUCACAGGCAUGGCCCUGCUGGCCAUCUUCAAGGUGGACGCAGAGAACCUGACGGUGAACACGGUUCUGAUCGCCAUGGCCAGUGUGGUGGGUCUGGCCGUGCUGCUGAACUGUCGGACCUGGUGGCAGGUGGCGGACUCUGUGCUGCACUCUCAGAGGAGGAGGCUCCUUAACGCUGCCAACAGCAUGCAUAAGCUCAAGAGUGAGGGAUUCAUGAAGGUUUUGAAGUGUGAAGUGGAGCUCAUGGCUAAAAUGGCUAAAACCAUUGAUGGCUUCACUCAGAAUCAGACCCGACUGGCUAUCAUCAUUGAUGGCCUGGAUUCCUGUGAACAAGACAAAGUGCUACAGAUGCUUGAUACGGUUCGGGUGCUCUUCUCUAAAGGUCCCUUCAUCUCAAUCUUUGCCAGUGACCCUCAUAUCAUCAUCAAGGCCAUAAACCAGAACCUCAACAGUGUGCUACGUGACUCCAACAUCAACGGCCACGACUACAUGCGAAACAUCAUCCACCUGCCCGUGUUCCUCAACAGCCGUGGCCUCAGCACUGCCAAGAGACUCUGCAUUUCCACACCAGCCAAUGUGGAUCAGCUGAACUCUGAUGCGUGGCAAGAGGACAUGGACAGGAAGUUGUCUCAGAACAGUCUCGGCGAGCAGGGCAGGCAGGGCAGCAAAACAGCACUGAACCGCCGGGACACGUACCGCAGGAGACAGAUGCAGCGCUCCGUCACGCGCCAGAUGUCCUUUGACCUGACCAAGCUGCUGGUCACCGAAGACUGGUUCAGUGACAUCAGCCCUCAGACGAUGAGGAGACUGCUCAACAUCGUGUCAGUCACAGGUCGCCUACUUAGAGCCAAUCAGAUCAUUUUUAACUGGGACCGACUAGCGUCCUGGAUCAACCUGACAGAGGAGUGGCCGUACCGCACAUCCUGGAUCAUUCUCUUCCUGGAGGAAACUGAUGGAGUCUCAGACCAGGUCACACUGAGGACCAUCUAUGAGAGGAUUUCUAAAAACAUCCCCACCACUAAAGAUGUGGAGCCUCUGUUGGAAAUCGAUGGUGAUAUUCGUAGUUUUGAGGUGUUUCUCUCAUCGCACACCCCUGUUCUCACCGCUCGUGAUGUGGAGAUGUUUCUGCCUUGUACCGUCAACCUGGAUCCCAAACUAAGGGAGAUCAUCACAGAUGUACGAGAUGCACGAGAGCAGAUGCACCUUGGAGGAGUCAGCUAUCCCACACUGCCCCUGCAAGAUGCUUUGGUACGGCCGCACUCCACAUUUGGGCAGCACUCUUUGGCCUGCUCUCCCACAGGCUCUUUCCCUGGCUCUUUCCCCCCUGCUGGAGUGCUGCCGGCUGCUCAACCCCACAGCAGCUACUUUAGUGGGCUUACGGGACCCCAACAUCCCUUCUACAACCGGCCUUACUUCCCUCAUCAUGUUUAUCACCUGCCCCGACAUUACCCUGGCAGCCCCCAUCACGCCCCCUCACGCCCUGCUACUAAACUCCAUAAGGACCACAGUCUGGGACUAGAUGUAAUCAGAGAGGACUCCAGUGAGGGUCUUCCCUCUCCUACAUCCCCCUCUAUGAUAAAAUCGCAGCCCUUCAGAAUGAAGCAGGGCUCUGGUUCUGUGGUUUCUAGUGGAUCUCAGGUCCUCCUCAGUUCUCUGAGCAUCGAUAGCGUAUGUGAGAAGCUCAGACAGAUCCAGGGCCUGGACUCCAGCAUGCUGGAGCAGUAUAUCGGCACAAUCAAAAAGGCCAACGUGAACGGCCGGGUUCUGUCUCAAUGCAACCUUGAUGAGCUCAAGAAGGAAAUGAACAUGAACUUUGGAGACUGGCAUCUCUUCAGGUCCAUGGUUCUAGAGCAGCGUCAUGUGGAGAACCAGCUGCUGCGUGAUGAAUCUGGAGCGUGCAGCGAGCAGGGCAGCAGCGUGUUGACUCAACUCAAACCCCACAGACCCUCUGAAGCGCCACAAGACAUGGCAAUCAACCCAGAAAACUUCACGUACAGCCUCAACCUAAGCUUUGAAGAGCUCAGUGGUGUGGGGCUGGAGGAGCCCGCCAGACAACACAAUGCCCACUGGCUGGCCAACACUCACCGGACGCCAAGCAUAUCCAGUCUGAACUCUCAGGAAUCAUCCAAUGACAUCUGCAAGCUGACCGACAAGCAGCAAGCUGAGUAUCGCAAUGCUUACCAGGAAUACAUCUCUCACAUGUCCCAGCUGGAGAUAUCUGCUGCUGGACGAGAGAGUCCCGCUCAAGCCCUGCUCACAGCCAGCUCUGAGGAGAAGACUAAGGAAGGUGAGCAAGACGGGCGCAAACCCUUCGUCAAAAAGAGCUCCAAACCUGCAGACACUAUAGUGGACUUCUCCUCCGUCCCAGACGGUGCUCUUCUAGAUCCCAUUACAGAGGAGGAUGAGAAGUCAGAACAUGGGUCCGCCGCUAAAAUCCCACCCAGACGCAAGACCAAAGGACAGGGACCGUCUUACCACAGCAUACCGAGCGAUGAAGAAGAUUCAGGUGAGGAGGAGACAGACGCCACCCCGCUGCUGAGAGAAGAACCCUGGGCUUCUGAACCAGAUCUAAGCCUCUUAGCUAAAGGGAAGAGCUUCAUCUCAGACAUCAUGCUGGACAAGAAAUCAUCCGAUUCUGGAGUGAGGUCCAGCAGGAGCUCAUCCGACCACUCGCUGCAAGACGAGGAGAGCGAAGCAGCUCAGGAGAAGGAGGAGAAGUCCGGUGAGAAGAAAGAAGAGGAGGCCCAUCUGAUCGAGCUGGUUCUUGAGAGUCCGGUUAAGAAGCGAGUCUUACCACACAAGCUGAGUAACCUUCAGGAUGAGGCCGUGGCCCGGAUGUCCAUUUGCUCCGACGCUCCAUCUGACAGCAGUAGCCCUGAGGAGAGCUGGCCCACGUCAGCAGUGAGCAACCUCAACUGCUCACCCGACAACACUGCGCUCAACAACAACAUCAACAACAGCACCCAGCAGGCGACGCCCGACUCAACUGACUGCCCCUCCAUCAUUAUACGACCAGGAUCCAGCAGCGAAACCACCACGCUGCCCAACCAGAACCUGCGUGGAGGUCACCGGAAGAGGUCCACUGGUCCCGCCACCGACGCUGCUGAGGAACGAGAGAGUGUCCUGUGAGCCUAACAAGGUUUCUUACUAACUUACUGUAAAAAAAA